AUGGAUAGAAAUGCAAAACGCCGCAAACGUUAUGCAGAGAUGCCCCCAGAAAGGAAGGAUGAACUUUUAAGCUGCCAAAGGGCAGCUAGCGCGCGUCGUUACGCACAAAUGCCACAGGAUAAAAAGGAUGCUCUUUUACGCCGUCGGAGGGAGGCUAAUGCUUCAAAGAAGCACAAAAUGCCCACUUCUGCCUCUGAUUGUGUGUCAAAACCCGGCACUUCUAGGAGAAAACGUCCAGCUAACGCUCAAAAAACUCCGUUAGUUCCUGUAGGGACAGCCAUUAGUACUCCUGAUGCUUUUAUACACCCUGUUCCUACUCAAAAUGUUGAUCCUCUGGUCAGUGAUGAGUUAGCCAGUACUAAAAAUGCUGAUCCUCUGGUCAGUGAUGAGCUAGCCAGUAGAGCCUCACAUUCUUUUGCCAUUCAGUCAGAAGACGUGCUAGACGGUGCUCCAUUACCGCACCUGUUCAGCUCUACAAAUACUUCAUUGGAGUGUGAAAAGCAUGCUUCCUCCUCUGUUCAUGCAAAUUCCAUUCCUUCUAAUGGUCAACAAGGUCAUCAGCGAAACUCUAGGAAAACUAUUCGCUCUCAUUUAGAAAGGAUUCCUGACCGUUCUUUGCUUCUCCCUGAAUCUCCAAGUUGUCAGUAUUGUGGAGCUAUAAGGUUCCAUUUAGAACCUCCUAAUUUCUGCUGUUCAGGAGGGGAAGUUUCGCUUGUCACUUCAACAAUGCCUUAUGAUCUGCGCCGCCUCUUCAUCGGUGAUGAUGAAGAAUGUGACCAUUUCAGGAAGAAUGCUCGUACAUACAAUAACAAUGUUUCUUUCACUACUUUUGCUGCAAAGUAUGAUCCAGAACUGACGAAAAAUAAGCACGGUGUUUAUACGUUUCGCGUGCAGGGCCAAGUAUAUCACUUUCUUGAUAGCUUGGUCUCACGCCGUCGCAAUCCAUCUGGUAUUCAGUUGUACUUUUUUGAUACCGAUGAGGAACUUGCAAGGAGGCUUGAUGCUUCCUCUCGGCUGCGCGAAAACACCCUUAAAUUGCUUAUGCGCAUUUUAGCUAGCAAUCCUUAUGCCAGGUUCUUUAAGGAUUUGCGUCAUGUUCCUGAUCUCGAACACCAUAGAAUUGUGCUUAAUUGCAAUCCAUCUCUUGAUCAGCGUGUAUAUAAUCUUCCAUCAGCUUCUCAAGUUGCUGCUAUAUGGAUUGAAACUGAUGGUGAAUCAGUAGAUAAGUCUGUCCAUAUUCAGGUUUAUAGUCAUUCCGAUCAAAGUCAUAUGAUUAAGCAUUAUUAUGCUUGCUAUGACUCUUUGCAGUACCCUUUAUUAUUCCCUCGUGGUGAGUCUGGAUGGCAUCAUGGAAUUCAGAGGAUUACGUUCGAAAAUAGGAAACGAUUACGUCAUGUUUGUGAGGAUGAUAUUCCUAUUGAUCCAGCUUCUAUCAGUCGUCCAUCUGAUCUGAUUAAUCUGGAACAAAGAGUCGCUGAUCGUGGCAAGAAACAGAAAACUAAUGUCACGGCUAGGGAAUACUACUGUUAUAAGUUUCAAAUGAGAACUGAUGAUGAGUCCAUGUUGUUACAUGCCUUGAGAUUGUUACAGCAGUAUGUUGUUGAUAUAUACGUUAAGAUAGAGACAUCUAGGCUUGAUUUUCACAGAAGAAAACAGAAUACGAUUCGGACUGAAGCUCUCCAAGGAAUAAUGGAUAGUGUCUCUUUAGGCCAAACCUCAGGUUCUAAAGUUGGCCGACGAAUAUAUUUGCCAGCUUCCUUUCUCGGAGGGCCGCAGGAUAUGCGGCGUAGAUAUCUUGAUGCAAUGGCUUUAGUGCAAAAAUUUGGAAAGCCUGACAUUUUUUUGACCAUGACAUGCAAUCCACUAUGGCCAGAAAUUCAGGAAAAUCUGAAAUACAAGGAAAAACCUCAGGACAGACCCGAUCUUUUAGCUAGAGUGUUCAGGGCAAAGUUUGAAAUGCUGAAAGCAGAGAUCAUUACAAAGAAAAUCUUUGGAGACGUAGCAGCCUAUGCUUAUGUCAUUGAAUUUCAAAAAAGAGGUUUUCCUCAUGCUCACCUACUACUGAUAUUGAAACCGCAGUUUAAGCCUCUUAAUCCAGAAGCAUAUGAUAAAAUUGUUUCCGCUGAGCUGCCUGAUCGUAAAGAACAUCCUCAUCUUUAUUCUCUUGUUGUAAGGCACAUGAUACAUGGACCUUGUGGACAAAUGAACAAAAAUAGUCCUUGUAUGAAAAACAGUGUUUGCAAAAAUCAUUAUCCCAAGGGGUAUUCUGAGCAUACGACUCACGGCCAUGACCUUGUCAACUUCCACAUCAUAGCUGAUGAAACACCUCAAGAUGUUGAUGAGAUCAAGGAGUUUCAGCGCGGUCGAUGGCUCUUAGAAAAAAUUGAUUUCUCAAAAACUAUGUUAACUGAGUUCUUUAGAAUGAACCGUGUCAACAAGAAAGCUCAAAACCUCAGAUGUUUGUAUAAAGAUUUUGCUCAGCACUUUGUUUGGACACCUGCUAAAAGAAAAUGGACCGAAAGAAGUAAGCAGAAAGUUAUUGGCAGGUUAGUCACUGUUAAACCAAGCGAAGGUGAUAGGUAUUAUUUAAGGCUUCUUCUCUCCCAUGUUCGAGCUCCUACCUCAUUUGAUGACUUGUUGACUGUUAAUGGAUGUAAACUAGCUUCAUUUAGAGCUGCUGCUUUAAAACUUGGCCUCUUAGACUCUGAUUCUUACAUUGAGGCGACACUUGAAGAAGCGGCUGGUUUUCAAAUGCUUUCUUCACUGAGAUUUUUAUUUGCUACUUUGCUUUUGCAUUGUGCUCCAACAAAUCCAAGUCUUCUGUGGGAAAAAUUUGAAGUGGAACUUUCGAGGGACUUUGAACGAGCGCAAGUACAGGCUCAUUGUUGUUCAGCUGCUGAGAUAAGACGGAAGGUUUUGUUUGAUAUUAACAGAUCGCUCCAACAUAUGGGGAGGCAUAUCAGUGAGUACAGGUUAGUAGCAGACGAUAUUACUUUUAGCUGUCAUGAGAGCAUGACUAAGGAAGUUGACAGUGAAAAGAGUAUUGUGAGCUUUUUCAUUGAUGGCCCGAGGGGGACGGGAAAAACAUUUUUAUAUCGCUCUCUUCUUGCAACACUUAGAUCACAGGGAUACAUUGCAAUAGUUGUAGCAACUUCAGGAGUUGCAGCAUCGAUUCUUUCUGGAGGAAGAACUGCUCACUCCAGAUUUAAGAUUCCAUUGGACUUUUCCAGGAAUAAACCCUGUCAGUUGAGCAAGCAAAGCAGCAUGGCUCAUUUAAUCAUUCAAUGCAAGUUGUUCUUGUGGGAUGAAGCGUCAAUGGCAAAAAAGGAGACUAUUGAAGCAUUUGAUGAAUUACUCAAAGAUCUAAUGGAGACUGCUGAUCCUUUUGGAGGCAAGGUUGUAGUUUUUGGGGGCGAUUUUCGCCAAACUCUUCCUGUCAUUCAAGGAGUAACUAAGGACCAGUUAAUUCAGGCUAGCCUCCUGCAUUCUUCGUUAUGGUCUAAGAUGCACAAAAUAAAGUUAACACAGAACAUGAGGGCUGUCUUAGAUCCUGCAUUUUCACAAUUCUUGCUCGCAGUUGGGGAAGGUUCAGAACCUGUUGAUGCAGAUAACCAAAUUUGCUUGCCAAGUCAUAUGGUUAUACCAUUCCACAACAUGAAAGAGUCUUUUGACAGGUUGGUAGCUUACACAUUUCCAGAUUUGAACCUCUAUUCAUCUGAUCCUUAUGAAAUGAUCAGUAGAUGUAUUUUAACCCCAAAAAACACCUCUGUGGAAGACAUCAAUGAUGUGAUGAUUCAGAGGUUUCCUGGACAACUUUUUAGUUAUACAAGCUCUGACCAAACUGUUGAUCAGAGAUUUCAGGCAGAUUACGAGGAUUUUUUAAAUUCUCAAAAUCCAAAGGGUCUUCCUCCACACAAACUCAUGCUGAAAGAAAACUGUCCCUUAAUCUUGCUCAGGAACCUAAAUCCAGCUGAAGGAUUGUGCAAUGGCACGAGACUUAUCUGUCGACAGCUAAAACGGCACACUAUCUGUGCUGAGAUUGCUUUUGGUCAGUAUAAAGGGAAACAGAUUUUCAUUCCCAGAAUUCCAUUGCAGAUACCUGAUAAUGAAAAAAAUGGCAUUCCGUUCAUCAGAACACAAUUUCCGGUUCGCCUUUGUUUUGCAAUGACAAUUAACAAGGCUCAAGGCCAAACUCUUGACUAUGUUGGUGUAUAUCUAAAGGAACCCGUAUUUUCUCAUGGCCAAUUAUACGUUGCACUCUCUAGAGCAAAAACUGCUGAUGCCGUUAAAGUUCUCAUACUUCCAGGGACUUUUGCUGAAGUAAAAACCGACUGUAAAACAAGGAAUAUUGUGUUUGAUGAAAUAUUGCAAUUGAUGGCUACUGUAUUAUCUAUCGCUGAUGUUGAGGUCGGGAUGGAGAAGUGGACAGCGAAGGUUACUGUCCAGGAGAAACAGCAGGUUACCUCAUCGAUUAGCACACCAACUAGGAAACAAAAAUUUAUCUUUAUUGAUUCUGAGGGAUCAAAGGUUGAAGGAAUCAUCUUUAAUUCUGACAUUGCUAUAAUGAGCCCCAGAAUAGAGGUUUACAAAAAAUACCUCAUCUCCAAUGCUCAGGUGAAAAGGAUCCCUGAUAACUUUAGAACCACUGAGCUGACAAAGCAAUGGAUAAUCACCAGUCGCACUAUUAUUGAAGAGAUUGUAGAUGAUGAGGAUGUUAUAGUUGCAAAGUUUACGUAUACCAAAUUUAGGGACUUGGCACAGUACAUGGAUCGAAAGGACAUUUCUGUUGGCUUACUUUUACAGUUCCUCUCACUAGAUAUUAUGGGAAUUGUUAUUGCUGCGUUGGAUGAAAGGAAUGUCACAAUUAAUUCAAAGGAAGCCCGAGUCCAGAAGCUUGUCAUUGUUAAUGAAGAAUUGCAGACACUUAUGCUAUCUAUGUGGAAUGCUUUUAUUGAUAAUGAAGGCUCCAAGAUUAUCUCGGACAUUCAGAACUAUCCUGUUCUUAUUGGAAGAAGGCUAAAGGUUCCAAAUUACAAUGGUCGGUAUAACAGUGUAGCUCUUUCUACUUGGUUUGAUUCAGCAGUCCUUGUGAAUCCACCUAUUCAGGAAGCAAUGGAGCUCAAGAACUGGGCAAGUAGAAAUGCCAAAUGCCUUGCAGACAUUGUCGAAAAGCGAACUUACAAUCGCUACAAUCCUGAUAUCUCUUGCCAAGCAGAUCAAAAGACUACUGAUAUAUCAAAUAUCAGCUCAAAACACAAGGUACUGUCCUGA